AUGGGUAUUCGCUUGCCUAGGAUUGUGAGUGCUAAGAAAUUUAUGAGGAGAAAUCUCUUUUCAGAAGAAACUGCAGAUGUUCCUAAAGGUCACUUUGUUGUUUAUGUUGGAGAAAUUCAAAAGAAGCGAUUCACUGUUCCAAUAUCAUACUUGAAGCAUCCUUCCUUUCAGAACUUGUUAAGUCUAGCUGAAGAAGAGUUCGGGUUUAAUCAUUCUAUGGGAGGAUUGUGCAAAAACUCCUCGUUUGAAAGAUUUGAGACUACAAUCUCAUCUUUGGAAAACAUGAAAGACCCGUCAACCAUCACCUUGGCAGAAUUGUUGAAUGCUUUGCAAGCACAGGAAUAA